AUGUGCACAGGAAGUGCCCGCCAUUUUGGCUUUAUUUGGUUAAAAAUACGGAAAAAUGGAAAAAAUGUUAGACUAGUCUUGAAAUAAUAUUUUCGUUGUUACAGCACUCGUUAUCUACAUCUUCAGUCAAGUUCAACAUCAAAGAAACGAGGUUUAAAUUUUCAGUAAUCGCAGAUCAAUUAAAUAAAACAAAAGCAAAACCAGCAACAUGUCAGAAGGGGAACAACACUUUACGGUCAUGUAUGACCCUGAAACUCAACAACCAAUGACAGUAACAGUAAAUCAGUCACAUGAUGAUGGCAAUCAAGCAGUACAAGGAAUACAAUAUGUGACUCAAGAGGGUGUUACUGUUCAACUUCCACAUGGACAAACAGAUUUAACUGGCAGUGAUCAACAAGCUAUAUUCUCCUCACAAAGCAGUACAUCAUUUGCUAACCUUCCAAUCCAAGGAGGUCAAAUUAUGUCAAAUGCAUCCAGUUUACCUGUUGUAGUAUCCGCUGGUCAAAAUAUUAUACAGAAUGCAGCAAUAAGUCAACCUAAUAAUAAUGUUUUACAAACACAAGUUCAAGGUAGUAAUACAAGUACUGUAUCUACAUCUGGUAUACCACAGAUGUUAUUUUUAAAUCAAGUUACAAUAAAUGGUCAAACAUCAUUUGUGUUGGUUGAUGCCAAUAAUAAACCAGUACAGUUACCUCAAGGUAUACAGGUUAUAAAUUUACCUUCUCAACCAGUGGGUCAGCAGCUUCCUAUGCCUGGGGCAGAGUCCGGUGAUGAACCAUUAUAUGUUAAUGCUAAGCAAUAUCAUCGAAUAUUAAAAAGACGACAAGCAAGAGCAAAAUUAGAGGCAACAGGUAGAAUACCAAGGGAGAGAUCGAAAUAUUUAUAUGAAUCUCGACAUCGACAUGCCUUAAACAGAUCACGUGGACAAGGUGGUGUGUUUGUGGGACAAGGAAAUGAAGGCGAUCCGCAAAGUGGCCCAAUAUCCAGUGAAAAUGGUGGUAUUAUUACCAGUAAUAGCAAUGGUAUUACUACACAUCAAGUUAGUGCAUCAUUACAAACAAUGCCAACAUUACAGCCAUUAGCUUCCAGACCAACAGAUAUGUUAAAUGCUUUAGGAACGUAAAACAUAUUUUUAUAUAUAUAUACACAGUGUAAUAUAUGCAGACAGUUGAUAUUCGACACAAACUUCCUAACUGCAGACUUCAUUUUUCACAACAGAUUGUUUGUUAUUUGUGUGAAAGAAAUUUGACUCUAGCUUACAGCUAACAGGUUUUGUGAAGAUAAAACUUAAUGUACUGAUUCUCUGUGUGUAAAAAAAGACAUUAUUGAAACCUUUAUAGGAAAUCUGAACCUUAAAUCUUUUCUGAAGCGGGAGGCCAAGUCAGUGGGUGCUACUCCUGUAUGUGGAAAAGAAAUGUGAAACAGUGGCUUUGUAUCAAUAUGUUUGUCAAGUUCAUUAAGCUUGUAUUACAGUAUAACAUUUUUACACUCAAUAUAUUAUGUGUUAUGAUUUCAUGUGUAUAUUGUCAUUUCAUCGCAUAUUUUUUUAUUUAGUUAUCAGAGACCAUGCUUUGAUACUGUUAUUAUUAAGGGUUUCUGUAUAUCAUUUAAUAUAUCUUGCCCUUAAAGAAACAUUUUUAUCUGUGCUGUAUAAAACGAUAUAAAGUGCUUUAAAUAUC